AUGGCACCCCAAGACACAUUCAUCGACGAGGAGGAUGAUACAUGCCCGUUAUGUAUCGAGGAGUUCGACCUCUCAGAUCGGAAUUUCCGACCAUGCCCUUGCGGCUACCAGGUGUGCCAGUUCUGCUUCAACAAUAUCAAGAACAACAUGAACGGCCUGUGUCCUGCAUGCCGAAGACCUUACGACGAGAAGACAAUCCAGUGGAAGGUUGUCACCACGGAAGAGGUCGCCGAGUUCCGAGCAAACAUCCAGAAGAACCAGAAGAAGCGAGCUGUGGAACAAAAGCAGAAGGAGGUUCAGAAGCGCGAGGUUGAGAAGGAAAACCGCAAAAACCUCAUCGGCGUCCGGGUCGUUCAGAAGAACCUGGUUUACGUGACCGGUUUGACACCUACAGUGCGAGAGGACGAACUACUCAAGACACUUCGCAAGCCCGAAUUCUUCGGUCAAUACGGCAACAUCCUGAAAAUCUCGAUUAGCAGUCGGAAGAGCCAGGACGGCCAACACCAAUCUCUCGGAAUUUAUGUGACUUUCGAGAAGAAGGAAGACGCCCAACGUUGCAUCCAAGCUGUCAACGGUUCUCAGAAUGGCGACCGCGUUCUCAGAGCCCAGCUCGGUACCACCAAGUACUGCUCGGCCUGGCUGCGGCAUGAGCAGUGCACCAACAGGCAGUGCAUGUUCUUGCAUGAGCUGGGUGACGAGGAGGACAGCUACACUAGACAGGAUCUAUCCUCGAUGAACAGCAUAAGCUCUCAGCGGCCCCUCCCUGGGGGUGGUUCCUCGAGCAGCGGUGGCGGACCGUCUCGCACCGCUUCUCGACAACAGAAUACCGCACCGCCUGCGGCUCCCGCUUCUCAACCCAUGGCACGAUCGUCAAGCAAGGACGGCUCCGAGAAUGGCGGCGACGGACCAGCCCUGCCUGCCUCUGCCAACUGGGCAAGAAAUCCUCAGCGCAGCCGCAGGGGAAGCCACGCUACUAGUGGCGCCGCUUCAAGCCCUGCCAUCUCGACAGCCCUCCCCGUCACCACCGAGGCAGUACCCGAGGCCAUCGACGAGACCCCCUCGAGAAAGGAAACCCCCGCACCUCCGACCGAGACCAAGGCCCCGAAGCCGACUGCUCCUGCUGACAACCGAAAGUCCAACAGUCUUCCAGAGAAUCUGCUUAGACAGCUGCUCAAGGCUAUGCAGGGCUGCCCUUUCUCAUACAAUGCGCCGGAUACGAACCAGAUCGAGACCAUUUACCCUCCCAUGUUCGACACCCGCGGAGGCGAGAAGAGAAGAGCCAUGCGCGAAGAAGAGGAGUCGCGCCUCGGCGUGGACCAGGAGCAACAAUCCGAACCUCAAGAGGCCUCGGAAGGCGAGCCGGAGACUGGGGGCAGUCUGGCGCUCGGUGGCGAGCCCGAAGACCGAGAUGUUGCGCGCGACGUCGUCUUCGAGCAGCGUAGACCUGGCACUCAGCCUCCCAUCCAGCGCAACAACAACGACGGCCCUUUCGGUCCCGCACUUGGCUCUGGAUUUGGUCAAGCUUCCGUCUCUGCUAGUUCUGUUGGUGGCAGCCGAUCCAUGACGCCUCAACAACAGCUCUUCGUUCGAUCUCAGAGCGGCUUCGGCGAUCACUUGCCUCCUGGGAUCCCAACUGCGCAGCCUUCUGCGGUUCAGCAACAAGGUGGCGGCCACAACAGACAAGGAUCUAGGUUCAGCUUUGCUAAUGACACCGCCGGCACUUCAGCUUCAGUCAAGGUUGCCGCCAACCCAAGAAUCAUGGCCCAGCAGACGGCCAUGAUGCCUUCCGCUUUCCACUCGCAGCCAGGCAGCCAGUAUUAUGCAUCCUCCAUGCCCGGACCUCCUCCAGGUCUCAAGUCGACAGGAACUCCGCCAAACAUGUUUGGACAGGGCCAGUUCGGUGGCGCCUUCGGUGCGACUUCCAAGGAUUCCGCCGAGCUUCUCCAGACGUUGAUUCGGGGUCGGGGAACCAAUGGACAGGGUCAUGAUGCUGCUCCUGCUUCGGGCCUCCUGGCGUCGCUCUACGGUAACCAGCCUGGAGCAUUCCAAGACUUCGGUCCCAAGCAGAAGAAGAAGGGGAAGAAGCACAGACAUGCUAACACUUCCUCCUCUGGAGGAGGUGGUCUAGUUGAUCUUGCGGACCCGAGUAUCCUGCAAGCGAGAAUGCAACACCAGUCGCAGAGCAAUGCCGGAGUCGGACAGGGACUGUUCGGUGGACAGAGCCAAGUCAGGCAAGCCAUCAUCGUCUUCCAGUCGCCUCAAUAUGACGAUCUCUUUUCGCUCGACGAUGAGGCCACUCUAUCGGUAGACAAAUUAGUCUCUGACGACCCCUUGCCGAGCUAUGUCGGUACCCUGGGCGGACUAUCACGACCAGCAGCUCCGACCCCUCCACCUGGUCUCGGCCCUCCACAAAGAACCGCAUCGCCGGCUCCACGACAAGCACCAAUCCCCGUAAUACCAGUCACACCACUGACGCCCUCGGCUCCCAAGCCAGCAGUCCCUACUAUGGCUAAUAUCGUGCGGACUGGCACACCAGAUCAGGCUUCUCGCAAGAAAGCCGGUGGGACAGAAGCCAAGAAGAACAUCAAAGCCUUGGCUGUUGAGAGUGGGCUAUCAAAGGACAUUGCCUCUCAAGCAUCUCCCUCCAAGGGGAAGUCUGUAUUGCAGUUGCAGGAAGAGGAUUUCCCAGCACUUGGAAACGUCCCACGGCCUGCGACCCCAGCGAAGUCAGCAGCUGCAACUCCAAAGAUCGCCCCAGCGAGCAUCAAGAAGCCUCAACCGGCAGAGGCUGCGACGCCGGCUUCAGGUCCAUCCCCCGUGCUGGCUGUUGAAGCGCCCAAAACUACAAAGGCCACGGAGAAGCCCGUACCGGGUAUCUUGAACAUUGCCGCCGCUACCAGUGCAGCUCAGCCAAAGCAACCAGAGACCACCACCACGGAGCAAUCUGACGUCUCGGCCUUCCCAGCCUUGCCAACACCAACGACUGCCAGUGUAGCAUCACCUAUCGCGAGAGCAGCGCCCAAGACUUUGCGAGUUGUACCGACACCCAAAGCCGAAGUGCCGCCAGCUCUACCAUCAGGUGCCGCAUUUUCUGCGGCGGCAAGGGCUGUUUCUUCCGCCUCUGGACGUCCUGGAACACCGGCUAGCGAAAUCAUUAGCGAUAGCGCCUCUAUCGUCUCCGCAUCUGUGUCUGCUUCUCGUACCAGCUCACCACCCCCUACCAGAGUGGGAACUGCACCUGUCCGCAACACAACAAAGAGCCAGCAGCGCAAGCAGCGAAAGGAGGCGCACAAGGAGCAGUCCGCUUCCAUUACUGUUGCGCCCAAAGUCGUGGAAACCGAAGAGCAGGCUCCCAUCCUCGGACGCAAGAAGAAGCAGAAGAAGGAAAAGCCGGUCACAUCGGCCCCCACACCAGUCAAGAAGCCCGUCGAGCGUGUCGCCACCCCGCCCCCUCCUCCCAAGGAGCCAACUCCGCCUCCCAAACCUAUCGUCGAGAGAACGGUGGUGGAUCUACCUCCUCCCAAGGGCAAGGCUGCUAAGCAAGCCGCCAAGAUGGCCAAGGCAGCGGAGGAGAAGGGCAAGAGUAAAGAAGGAACACCUUCAACGCCAACACCACCGCCUCCUGUACCCACAGCUGUUGCUGUGCCAGAGGAGUCUCAGGAUAUUGCCGACAACCCGAAUACCUUUCCUGAAGUUGUCUACCAUGCCCUGCAUGAAGCGGGCGAGGUUCCCACCGCGGAACUACUUGCCCUCCUCAAGCCUUUCCUCGACGCUCACUCUCGCUUUGACAGGCCUUCCGCUGCGACCCUGAGCAACAACCCGCCUCCUACGGCUACGACCAAGAAUAUGGUGUCCGAGGCAGACCAUGCUAUCCUACUUACUGGUCAGCCGGUGCGCAAGAUCAUGGAAGGUCAGCGUGUACUCAUUACGCCCAACGGGGAUUGCCUGAGAAAUCUCACCGAAGAGGAAGAAGGCAGAUAUCUUGCGCUUCAGAAGUCUGUAGCAGUUGGUAGUGACCAGCCCGACAGCUUUGUUGCGCCUCGUCAUCAGGCCCGUCCGGGUGGCUUCUCCCUGAUCAAAGGCAGAGCGGUACCCAACGGGCCCCCAUCCUACUUUCCACCCUCGCCCAACGCACAAAAGAUGUUCUCCGAUGACCCUGUUAAUAAGAUUCAGCGUGAAGAGGCCAUCAGCUACAUCAACCAGUUUGUUCUCCCGCGACUCAACUUGGGUAACACCAACCUGUUCCCGGGCAGCUGGAAAUCUGCGCCUGGUGCCAAGGACGCCUUAUCUGCACGAGAAACAGCCGCCGCCAGCCUAAACUCUCUCGCCCCGUACAUUUAUGGACACGACGCAGCAGCGGGCGCAGGCAUCUACUCCGCCGAGAGCGGUGGCUCAGGCAAGGACAUUCCCGAAGACGAGACACCGUUUGGCGGUCUGGACUCGCCACAGCACCAGCAGGGUAGCGAGGGCUUCGUCACCGACGCCUCCCCUUCCACCAUGGCGGCCGCCGCCGCACAGGUGGACGCCCAGCAGAGAACUGGGGCUGUGCACCCUAAGUUGCCUGGCACACCACUCAAUGCCAUGUCGCUCAUGAGUGUCGAGGACGCCGAGUCAGCGCUGGGUAUUGCGCGCAAGGAGACGGAGAAGCUCGAGAAGGGGCUGAAUCAGGCUAUGAAGCGCAACCGGAGGCUUCUGCUGGGCGGUAGAUGA